AUGUCCAACGUCGAAGCCAGAUCUAGAGCUACUCCCUUCGAGUCCGUCGUCCGCAUGGAGUCCAAAACUUCAAACAUGUUCUACUAUCGAGCCGAAAUAUUGCCUUAUAAUGAGAAACUGAUACUCGGCUAUAUGCGCAAAAAUCAACCGUUCGCAAGCCUCCCAGAGGAAUAUUACGAGUGCUCAAGAAAGAGUCAAGACCCGCCAGGCUUCAUCUAUGGGUUUCCCUUCCGUUUCGACAAGAAUGGGGACCUCGAUGCCACCGCUGCGAAGCUAUACGCGAUGCAGGAUAGAAUACCUGUCAAAGAGCUCAGAGACCGAACAAAAUACGCGCCGGGGAAAGCUAUAACCAAGUAUCUACAGGACUCAAUUGACGGCGACUUCCCCAAGUACAUCGGGACGGACGUCGUUGACUCAGACGACGACGUGUUCCAAUUGUUCCACAUCUACGGGACAUUCUUGGCACGUACCCCGCAGAAGCCACGCUGGGUCGAUGCUAUGGCGGAUAUCUGCACCGACAUUUUCCACGAGCUCGGUUGGGAAGAUGUCGAGGCGCCGAAGUGGUAUUUGGAGCUUGAGUCGAGAGUAUAUCCGGAUUCUAAGGACUACAAUAUCAAAUAUAACGCCCACGACUUGUAUGCUUCAGUUUCCCCAUGA